AUGGGCAAAUAUACCGCGGUGAUUCUCCUUUUAAUAAUCUCCGGUUUUUGUAAAGGAGAAAAACAGCUGCGCGGCUGGCUGCCAGAGUUUUGUGUCUUCGGCGAGCAAAAGUGUCCCAAUUCGCGGGUUUCCUUCUGGCUUUACACCAACCAAACCCGCGAUGAUCCCUAUCUACUGGAUCCCCUGAAUCCACAAAAGGAUCUCUUUGAACCUCGACUGCCGCUAAAAAUACUCAUCCAUGGAUUUAUAGGCAACAGGAAUUUGACACCCAAUUUGGAAGUUAGAGAUGUGCUGCUUGAAACUCAGCCAGUUAAUGUGAUAUCGGUGGACUAUGAGACCCUAGUGCGGUGGCCUUGCUAUUAUCCUUGGGCCGUGAAUAAUGCUCCCAUUGUCUCCGAGUGUCUGGCUCAACUGAUAAAUAACCUAAUCUCAGCUGGAAUCUGUGCACGCGAGGAUAUCCACUUGAUAGGCUUUAGUUUGGGUGCCCAAGUGGCCGGGAUGGUGGCCAAUUAUGUGAGCCAACCGCUGGCCAGGAUUACGGGUCUGGAUCCGGCGGGUCCUGGUUUCAUGAUGCAGACCUCGCUGCAGCAAAAACUGGAUGCCAGUGAUGCGGAUUUCGUGGACAUCAUCCACACCGAUCCCUUUUUCUUCUCCAUGCUGCCGCCCAUGGGCCAUGCGGACUUUUAUCCGAAUCUCGAUCAGCUGAACCAACGGGGCUGCAGUUACAUCAGCAACUGGCGGUUCUACAAUUGCAAUCAUUAUAGGGCAGCCGUCUACUACGGGGAGUCCAUUGUCUCGAGAAGGGGCUUUUGGGCCCAGCAGUGCGGCGGUUGGUUCGAUUUCUUCUCGCAGCGUUGCAGCCAUUACUCCAAUAUGCCCAACACCCAGAUGGGUUACUUUGUUUCGGCUGAUGCCUCGGGCUCGUAUUUCCUAACAACCCAUGAGGUUUCGCCAUUCGCCAAAGGACCGCUGGUUGAAGUCGAAUUCGACGUUUCGCUUCUCAUCAUUUGUCAUUUAUUGAAGUGUCUACUGGUGAUGGUCAUAAAAAACUUUGAACUGGUGCGCUGCUCCUUCGUGAUUCCGAUGGUCAACGAAGUGAAGCUGUGUAGUGUAUUUGGCAUUAUAGAAAAAAUUAAUGCCUGCCUCGAUACUAAGAAAUGGUGUGUCGUGAGAAAGACACUUUUGGAAACCUGCUCGGAGGACUAUGCUUCAAAAGUGAUUUACAAAGGAUGUAAUAACUAUGAGGUUGUCGUCUACAUGGAUCCGGCGUCUAGGGAUUACAUCCUCGAAGAAUGCGGGAAAAUAAAGUUUCUUAUGUGGCACUUGCCGGUGGACUUCUGCACCGCUUUGCCUUGCCAAUGA